AUGGUGGAUAGCGUGCAUGCGGCGGUAGUAACCGUUACUUCGGCUGUUCAUACAACAAUCUACUGUACUAUUACCAAUAAGUAUGAUCCGUCUAUUGUAUGUACAAAGUCGAUUGUCGUUAAUAAUCCUUCCUGGUCUUUGCCGGUAUUUACCACGCAGAAUAAGCUGAAGUGUCCUGCUUCAUUAAUCAAUAUUGGUGCUCCGGCAUCUGCCGGUUUCACUUAUGCCUGGACAACAUUAUCGGGUAGCAGUGACCUGAAUGAUCCUACCCUUGCUAAUCCGACUACCAGUACCACUACCGACAAAACUUAUUUAGUGACUGUCAGGGAAACAGCUACCGGUUGUGUCUCCAGGGAUACCGUGGAGGUUGGUGUAUCACAGGUAAUAGCCAUUGUGCAACCAGACCGUACCGUAUGUAACGGAGGUACUAUCAAACUGGGUACAACACGCCCGGCCAUAGGUGCCAACUGGACGUAUAGCUGGCAGCCUUCCAAUGCUGCAUGGGCACCCGGUAGCGGGCCUACGGACGUACAACCACAGGUAGUUUUUGCGACCACCAGCCAGAAGUUUACAUUAACGGUAACUGAUCCGGCCUCCGGUUGUACCGCUAUGGAUACGGUAACACUGAAAAGCACGGUUACAGCAGGUGAGUUUGCAGGUCCGGCUAAAGCCGCCUGUGAAGGAACAACGAUUCAGUUGGGUAACCCGGCUACAGAUGCAACUGCUGUGUACACCUGGACAAGAUUGAGUGGUGCGGCAGCACCCGAACUAAGCUGUUCCAAUUGCGCCCAACCUACUUUAACUGUUCCAUCGGCAACAACUACCUAUAAAGUAACGGUAGCUUAUCCUGGCUGCAAUACACCAUCAUCAGACCAGGUGACGGUCACUGUAAACGCAGCCCCUGUUUUUACUUUAACAGAUCGUACUAUCUGUCCAUCUGCGGCAACGGCAAUCGGUAUCGGUGCCAGUGGCAAUACGGCAUCGCUCGCCAACGUAGCCACUUAUGCCUGGACGCCGGCUACCAAUCUCAGCAAUACGGCGAUCGCCAACCCUACCAGUAAUGUGACCACGCUGACCACUUAUACUUUGAAAGUGACGUACACCAAUGGCUGUAUACGAACCGAUGAUCUGGUGGUCACUCCUAAUUCCACCGCCAAUGCGAAGCCCGAUGCGUCUAUUUGCCUGGGAGAGUCUACACAAAUAGGUACACCCGCCGUGAGCGGAGCCACUUAUUCCUGGUCGCCGGCAACCGAUAUAACAAGUGCUGCCAACAUAGCGCAGCCUACCGUGAAGCCGACCACCACACGCACUUAUACCGUAUCGGUUACAACCGGAGGCUGUACGGCCACUGAUGCUGUCAUCGUAACCGUUAAUGCACCGGCCGAUUUUGCAAUCGCGGGCAAUACAACGAUCUGUGAAGGCGGUGCUACUACUUUAGGUACUACGGCAGCAGCCCCCAAUACCACCUGGCAAUGGACCCCGACAACAGGUAUUGCCAGCCCCAAUAGUCCGACAACUGUAGUUACUGCAAAUGAUACAACCACCUACCGUCUUAUCCAGACCAAUGUACUGACAGGUUGCAGCAAUUAUAAAGAGUGA